AUCAAACCCGCUCCACUUUGCAGUCACUCACUGCAGGGUAAAGCGCCCCAUGCAACACCUCGGACUUCACAGCAACUGAGCUCACAAGCAAGUGCGUGGCAUGGGGGAAGGGCGGAAUUAGUGUUUUGGGUGUGAUUGUUUCACAGUUUGUCAGGGAGAGGAAUAGCAGAGACAGGGCCAGAACAAAAGGCAGAAGAGAGACACACACUGAAAGAAUGAAACAAACACACUGAAACAAAGAGCCCCAGAUGAAUAGCCACAGACUGGCUGGUAGAGAGCAUACACUUCUUCCUUUGGAGGUUUUUCUUUUAACUCCUCAUCUUCCCCACCACUGAACUGAGCAUUUUCCAUAGGAGACUUCCAUUUCCCCCCAAUUCCACAGGUUAAAAGGGAGCAGUAAUGGAAAAAGGUAUAAGAAAAGGACCAAAAAGUCCUAUCUUUAAUCUUGGGGGUUUCUUUGCCAUUUAUUCAUGGUUUGUAUCGCUAGAAAGCCUUAACUGAAUUAUUUUCUGCUCAGAGAGAUGGACAUAUGUAUUAGGUUGUGCUAGUCCCCCUCUCUGUCACUGAAGGGUUUUUCCCUGUUGUAUAUUUCCCUUUCUACAUUUUGAAGUUACCGAUGUAAUCUCUGCCGUAUUCACACAGAAAACUCUGUGUGUGUGAGGAGGGUGGGGAGGAGGGGAGCUCUUUUAAAAAAUGGAACUCAGAACUACUGGAAUUCUAGUUUCUAUAACCAGAUGUCCCUGGUGGAGCACAUCCUCUGUCUUUACUGUUCUAACUGAUUUUUUAAAAAUAAUUAUUUAGGACGUUUGAAUAAGUUUACAAAUCCUUGCCCUUUAAAUAUCAGAAACAAAACAAUCAUUACAACAGUUAACUUUUGUUUAAGGAGACGUUAUAAUAACCAAUGUUUCAUAGGAGAAAAGUCUGGAGUAUGCAGAGCCCAAAGUUACAGAGAUUUACAUGUCACCCCAUAAACUUGCAACCCACGUCCUUCUUUGUUUCUGUGCAUCUUUCUAAAGAUGCUCUGCUGAGAUGAAUUGAACCAAGGCUGGUUUACAAAACCUACUGAUGAGGUAACAGCCCCUAUUUCUCAUGAGAAGGUGAAGAAGGUAUUUAUGGCUGAAAUGAAAGCUGAAAACAUCAAGCAGUUUCUAUAUAAUUUUACACGGCGUCCUCACCUCGCAGGCACAGCUGAGAACCUGCGCCUUGCACAGCAAAUCCAAGCCCAGUGGAAGGAAUUUGGAUUGGAUUCGGUUGAGCUGGUUCACUAUGAUGUCCUGUUGUCCUACCCUAAUAAAACGAAUCCCAACUACAUCUCAAUUAUUGAUGAGCAUGGAAAUGAGAUCUUCAAUACAUCAUUAUUUGAGCCUCCCCCUCCAGGAUAUGAGACUGUUACAGAUGUUGUGCCACCAUACAGUGCCUUCUCAGCCCAAGGGGUACCAGAGGGUGAGUUGGUGUACGUCAACUAUGGCCGUACCGAAGACUUUUUCAAACUGGAGAGAGAGAUGGGAAUUAACUGUACUGGAAAGAUUGUCAUUGCCAGAUAUGGGAAAAUCUUCAGAGGAAAUAAGGUGAAGAAUGCUGAGCUGGUUGGUGCCAAGGGAGUUAUUCUGUAUUCAGACCCUGCCGACUACUGCGCCCCAGGAGUAGAUUCCUUUCCAAAUGGCUGGAACCUUCCUGGAGGUGGAGCCCAGCGCGGGAAUGUGUUAAAUCUGAAUGGGGCAGGGGAUCCUCUCACGCCAGGUUAUCCAGCAAAAGAGUACACCUAUCGAUAUGAAGAAGCCAGGGCUGUAGGUCUUCCGAAACUUCCAGUCCAUCCCAUUGGUUACAAUGAUGCUGAAAAGUUAUUACGUAACAUGGGAGGACCUGCCCCACCAGACAGCAGCUGGAAAGGAAGCCUGAAUGUGUCUUACAACAUUGGUCCUGGUUUCAUGAGCCGUUACUCUACAAGAAAGGUCAAAAUGCACAUUCACAGUAGCAAUAAAGUGACAAGAAUUUACAACGUGAUCGGUACCAUCAGAGGAGCAACAGAACCAGACAGAUACGUCAUCCUGGGAGGCCACCGUGACUCCUGGGUCUUUGGUGGAAUUAAUCCUCAGAGCGGGGCAGCUGUGGUUCAUGAGAUUGUGAGAAGUUAUGGGAAAUUGAAGAAGGAAGGAUGGAGGCCCAGAAGAACAAUGAUAUUUGCAAGCUGGGAUGCGGAGGAAUUUGGCUUGCUAGGAUCUACAGAGUGGGCUGAGGAAAAUGCCAAACUAUUACAAGCACGUGGGGUGGCCUAUAUCAAUGCCGAUUCCUCAGUUGAAGGAAACUACACUCUGAGAAUUGAUUGUACUCCGCUGAUGUACAGCCUGGUGUACAGCUUGACCAAAGAGAUACCAAGCCCAGAUGAGGGGUUUAAAGGCAAAUCACUUUAUGAGAGCUGGCAUGAAAAAAACCCAUCUACAGAAUAUAAAGAUGUCCCCAGAAUAAAUAAGCUGGGUUCUGGCAAUGACUUUGAAGUCUUUUUUCAGCGGCUUGGCAUUGCUUCAGGCAGAGCACGUUACAGCAAAAACUGGAGAGUGGAAAAAUACAGUAGCUACCCAGUUUACCACAGUGUUUAUGACACCUAUGAGAUCGUCGAGAGAUUUUAUGAUCCGACUUUUAAGAAUCACCUGACGGUGGCACAGGUACGAGGAGGGCUGAUAUUUGAACUGGCCGACUCUGUGGUCCUUCCCUUUGACUGCAGAGAUUACGCAGAGGCUUUAAGGAACUAUGCUCAAGUCAUCUAUAAUUUGUCAAAGAAUCAUCAAAUGGAACUGACAACAUACAGUGUGUCGUUUGACUCUCUCUUUUCUGCUGCAAAGAAUUUUACAGAAGCUGCCACUGACUUUCACAGGAGACUGCAGCAAGUAGACAUCAAUAACCCAAUCGCUGUAAGAUCAUUGAAUGAUCAGCUCAUGUUUUUAGAAAGGGCUUUUAUUGAUCCUCUUGGUUUACCUGGCAGGCCAUUCUACAGGCACAUUAUUUUUGCUCCGAGCAGCCACAACAAGUACGCUGGAGAGUCAUUCCCAGGGAUCUACGAUGCCAUGUUCGAUAUAGAAAACAAAGCGGAUCAGCGCAAAGCCUGGGAAGAAGUAAAGAGGCAGAUCUCCAUUGCAGCCUUCACCGUGCAGGCUGCAGCAGGGACUCUGAAGGACCUCGCAUAAACAUAUCAGCAACAUACUCAAAAGUGAAAGACUGGAGUUGACAGCUGUGGAGCCCUCAAAAAGAAGAGCAUUUACAGACAUGAGUGGGAUUAUUUUAAAAACCUUUUUCUUUGCAAACAGUACAGUUAUUUGCAGUCAGUCUCCCUCACUCACUUCCAUUACAUUUAACAAAAUUAAUAAGGUAUGAUGCCUCUGAAACUCUAUUAGGAGAGAGUGGAGUUGAGAUCAUUGUUCAAGUGAGAUACUAAAUUAAAGGAUGUUCAUUUCAAAUUGCCACCUCAUGUUUAAAAACAACACCCUUCCCCCCCCCCCCCCCGAUUUCCUUCUCACUUAACAUGUUAAAUUGCAGAAAUCACAAUUUUUGUAGUCUCACAGUUGUGCAAUGUAAUUAAUCUAAUCUAUUGGCCUGAUUGUUUUGAUGAUUAUCUUGUAGUACUUUUAUCAGUAAAACAGAACAGUCAUCCUUAUUUCCAA